CAAAAAUGUGAAAAAGAAGAAAAGAAGAAGAAAAAAGAAAUUAUAAUAAUUACAAGAAGAAAAGGGAAAGAGAAGAAAAAGAAGAGAUAGAGAAGGAGAAUUGGCAAGAAACGACAGAUACCAAAAGCAACAAAAUGCAAAGGCAGAAGGCGAAGGAUCACAGGAUAGUCGGGACAAGCAAGCGAGCAGGAAAGCAAGGAAAAAAGCAAGCGAGAAAGCAAGCAAUCAAGAAAACAAACCAUCAAACAAGUGAGAAAUCAAGCAAACAAGAAAACAAAUUAACAAGCAAGCAAGAAAACAAGCAUGGAAACAAGCAAGGAAACAAGCAAUAAAUCAAGCAAGCAAGGAAUCAAACAGGGACAAUAGCGGCCCAACAGAGGCGAGCUCAGCGCUCUGUCCCGACCCGCGCGCUCAGUAGCUCAGAGUGAGGGGAAGAGACAGCACGCUUUUUCGCUGCUCCGUCGGUCGGUCGGUGGGUAAUGUCCUAACCUAAGCAGCCUUAUUCCGUCCCCUAAUGGAGAGCAGAACUACAAGCGGUUAGUGGCAACGGCAGUGUAGUUAAGACACUGGAAGCCGCUGGGAAAUGAUACAUGAAAAUAGAUUAAAUAAAAGAUAAUUACCAUAUAUUGGGUUUGUGAAUGUGUGAGACCCUGUGAAUACAAGUGAAGAAACGAUGAAAUCUUGUAGAGAAGAUUAGUCGCAGCAAAAUUCCCGACAUUUUUUCCCCUUCGCUAACCGAGAAGAUAAGGCCUGGACUCGAAGGACGGAAAAUUUCAACCUCAGUCCAGUGUUUUCUCUCAGCCAAACGACACGGUUGUCGUGGCUGCUCGCCUGCCUGGUAUUCACCGAGGGUCCUUAGCCAGGCAGGAAGGCAGGCAGGCAGAGAACACGAAGGACGGACGCCAAGGAACUUCUGGUGGUUCCUUCAAACCCACCUGGAGCUCCUUCGUGUCCUAAGGGCCUCCUCCUCCACCACUAUGAGGAACUUUGUCUACUACACUGUGAUGGGUCCUUGUAAAUGGGUUCAGCUCUCCUUGCAUCUGAUACGUGGCAGAUCCUACAACUUGUUCGAGAAUGAGGACGGCAGCGACGUCAUCCUGAUGGUGGGCGACGAGGGGUAUCGAGAGAGGGUCCCCGCCCACUCCUGGGUCCUUUCCGCCGAGAACCCGUACUUCCGGGCCAUGUUCCAGGGGCCCCUCGCCGACAGGCACAAGAAGACCUACGACAUCCCCAAUGACCCGAAGGGCUUUCAGAACCUGCUGAAAUGGUUAUACCGUCACGAGUGUGGAAUCCAGAGCAUUGACAGUGCACUCAUCACUCUCCAAGUUGCCAUACAGUAUCUCUGCCCAGAAUUAGCUGAGCUGUGUGUGGAGUACAUUGGGAAGCACUUGACUGUUGGGAAUGUCCUCAAGGUGCUACAGUACACUUGGCGUUACUGUCCCUCACAACAGUGCUCCGAUCAGAGUCAAGCAAACCUCGACCCCUCGACUGCCCCGUCUGCACCCAGUCUAGAGGCCCUGGAAGGAACCUCCAAGCCAGAAACAAACAGUUAUGGUGCCAGUGACCCCAAGCCACACCAACCAUCAUCGCAGCACACCAUCCACAGUAUGUCGCAGUUACAAGAUAUCAUGGAUGACUCGGAGUUUCAGGAUCCAACUGCCUGUUGUAGUGAUUUAUUCAAUGUCUGUCUAGAUGUAGUUGACAGAGGAACUCAGUCAGUCCUCAGUACAGAAUUCUUAGAGGAACUUGACUCCACUACCUUUCAGCUCAUCCUAAAGAGAUCCACACUAAAUGUGCCCAAUGAACUGAAGGUGUUCCAGGCACUGCAACGGUGGUCAACAGCAGAGUGCAAGCGCCGCAUGCUCCCCCUCACCCCUGACAACAGAAGAGCUGUGCUUGGCAAUCUUUUGUACCAUGUACGAUUUUUAUGUAUGAACAAUGAGCAACUGCAACAGACUACAAGCCUAUUAACUGCAGAUGAGUUUAAUUAUUUAGCUGCUCGCAUCUCUGGUCACAACCCAGUGAAAGUGCCACCCACCCUCUCUCCGUACUUAGUAACAAUGUCAACACCUCGCUGCCAUAAGCCCUUGGGGUUACUUCAGUCAGGCUCAAGUAGUACAGAUGGCAAGAGCAAGAAAAAGAACAGCAGUGGCAAGAAAAAGUACACUAAGAAGGAGCUUGUGUUGGACGUUGUAUCUUGUCUGGCAGUUUUGUUUGAUUAGGUUUAGUUACCCAUGGCUUCUCAGUCACAAAGAUUUCUAUUCUUAAAAAUUGUUCUCAACUGUCUUCAAUUCAACAAAAGUUUAUUAACCUCUGUGAGGCAUCUCUCUUUUUUGUUUUAGAUUUUCAAUGGAAGUUUACUUAUUGUUUCACUGUAAUUCUUAUUGACACAAAAUUGCUAUUUGUUAAAGAGUUCAACCACUGUUAUAAUUCCUUUGACCCGGUAGACAACAGGUGAACAGAUUCUAUUGUUGUAGCGAGUGAAAUUUAUUUGAUUUGAUAAGAGACAUUUUAUUGUAUAGAUGUUAAUUCCUUCAUAAUUUUAUACAUAGGAAUAAUUUUCAAAAUGACUCGUCCUAAGAUGGGCAGUCAUCUUGACAGUAUAACAGAAAAUGGAAUAUGAGGCACUUCAGAGAAUGUGCUUUUUGUGUGAUUAAGAAAAGGAAAGAAUAAUUAUAUAUAUGAAUAUAAAAAGUUGCCUUAACUUAAAACUUGUUAGAUGUUCUGUGUGACUAAAGAAAAAAAAUAAAAAAACUUUUUUCUUUUAUGUAUCAUACUGCUUCUCUCUGUAUAAUCUAUUGAUAUGUUGUAUUGUGUUGACAGUUCAUAGUCUAGUCAUUUUUUUUAUACACACCAAGGGGUGGUAGCAAGACAAGCAAAGCUCAAGGGUUAGAUCCAUCAAGGAAAAGAAAAAGCUUCUGUUCAUUAAUCAGUAACACAAUCUGUUUACAAUGCGUUUAUAAUCCUAAGGUCACAAUGCUUUUUCUAUAAAGAUCAUUAUCUUAAUAUGUCUUUGCCAGUUGUAAUACAAGGCUUUGUGAACCCUUAACCCAAAAAAAAUAAAAUAAUAAAUAAAAAAAUAAAAAAAAUUUAAUAAUAAUAAUAAUAAUAAUAAUAAUAAUAAUAAAAAUGAGAAAGAAACACUAAAUAACAAUGAAGCUACACUCUUUCCUUGAUUCCUAACAACUCUCUCACGCUUUUUGCAAAUUUACCGCCACCUCAUUUGGAUGAAAUCCUGGUGAAUGAUUAACUGGGCUGGCACUGUGGAUUAUUUGUGUGCCGCUCGUGUAAAAAACUGAUACAUAUUUUUAAGUGUGAAAAUUCUCAUAAAUAUUUAUAGUUGAUAUAAGUUACUGUAUUUAAUUUUUUUCCUUUUUUAUCUACUUCUCAUGAAUGUGUAUGAAAUUCUAGCAGAUAUACCAAAUAAGGCAUGGAAUGUAUAGAGUAUUGUUUACUUAGUUGCCUAAGAAUUUGUGUACAUUUUAUACAGCCCUGUAUGAAUGUAUGUGCAGGUGGAUAAUUUCAAGUGUUAAACUGGACACUAUAUUCAAUCAAGAACAGGCAUAUGUCUCAUGCUCUAAAAAUAAAUUUACAACGAGAUAACUGCAUCUGGUAUUCUACUUCGUAUCAAAUGAUGUGCGUACAGAUAUGCACAGAAACACACAUUACACAUUUAUUCACUUAUUUUGUAUUUCAACAAGAAUCAAUAAUAAUAAUAAUAAUAAUAAUAAUAAUAAUAAUAAAAAAAAGCUUGCUAAAUACAUGCAUGAAAGAACUUUUUAUGGGAAAAAUUCUUUGAACUCUAUAUUUUGCUGCCUUAUUACCUUUUUUUAAACAUGCAAUUUCUAUCUUGUAAAAAUAUUGAUGUUAAUUUGUAUGCAUUUGUAGUUUGAAUACUGUAAGGUUAUAUAGUAUAGUUAUGUCUGCUGUCAUUCUGCCUUGACAGCAUUUCAAAAGUGACUCUCUCUCUCUCUCUCUUUUUUUCUCUCUCUCUCUCUCUCUCUCUCUCUCUCUCUCUCUCUCUCUCUCUCUCUCUCUCUCUCUCUCUCUCUCUCUCUCUCUCUCCUCAACCAAAUAUUAUUUUCAUGGCACAAGUUCUUGAAGAAUAAAUAAAACAAUUACUUUUUUCACAAAAUACAAAGUCUUCCUAGUAAUUUGGUUUCAUGCAUAUUGCUCAAUUUUAAUUUUCAAUUUUCAACUUUCAAAAGUGCUCAGUGAUGCAAAACAAUGCAAAUUUUGCUCUUGAUUUUAAUUCUCUCUCUCUCUCUCUCUCUCUCUCUCUCUCUCUCUCUCUCUCUCUCUCUCUCUCUCUCUCUCUCUCUCUCUCUCUCUCUCUCUCUCUCUCUCUCUCUCUCUUUCUAAAAAAGUCUGUUAUAAUAAAUAUGUGGAUAACUAGUACAAUAUCAUAACAUUUUCCAUUCAAUCUGAGUUCACUUUCUUCACCUUUCAUCUCUAUUGUAAUGUUAAGAGAUUAUCCAGUUAAUCAAAAAACUGCUCUGCUCAGCAGUAUUCUAAUAAUGACAAAACCAGUAAUUUAGGAUAUACUCAUAAGUGUCUAUCAAGGAAAUUCCAUAUGCACUGAAUAGUUAACCAAAGAAUUAAUAUGACAUGAUUCUUGAUAUCAAGGCUUUCAACAUGGUAAAAAUAAAAAUGUUGGUAUAAAAAUAAAAGAAAUUAAAAUUUGAAGAAAAUUGUUAUUGGCUAAAAUUCUGUUUGCAUAAGAUGAACAAUUGUAAUUAAAAUAACAUAUUGUAGGUCUUUUGGGUCUUUUGGUGCAACAGACAUAAAUAAUAUGUACAAUAUUAAAGAUGAAAGGGAAGAUAACAAGAAUAAAUUAUGUGGUCAAAUGGAAUGAUUCUAAAGCCAAAUUAUCUCAAGCAUUUUUCUCUACAUAUUUUACUAAAAGACUGACUAAAAUUACAACAUGUACUUAAAGCAAAUAAGGAACCUAUUGAAAACAAAAAAGCUAAUGCAACAUCAAUGAUACAGAUAUAAAACGAUAAUCUUUUACAAGCUUGGCAGUCACAUUCUUAAAUUUUAAAAGUAAACUCCAAUUUGGAAUACCAGCUGUUGUUCUAUAGUUUAUUUUUGGUUGGGAGUUUCUUAAUGUUAAUGAUAAGCUUUGUUGAUGUUGUAUGUACAUGACACAGACAACCAAAGGGAGGCAAUAUCGACUAGUUCUUUUAGUAACGAUUAGUGCUGUUCAUGUUGAAAAGGUACUCCAAUGCUAUUAUCACGCUCAGGUCUUGUGUUUGUGCUUCUCAAUAACAUGUUUAGGAGAAACAUUUAUCGUAGAGGUUUAAACUUCAAUAUUUUCCAAGUCUACUUUUGAUGUAGCAAUGUUUGACACUGUGAAUGAAAACCUGAGUUUGGGUCUGUAUGCCAAUUUCAAAGUGACUAGAAAAUACCUUUUCUAAUUUUUUUUUUUUUUUUUUUAUAGGAAUUUUUACAAGUGUACAGAAAAGGAGAAAAAAAUAUUGUCACCAUAAAUAAAUCAGGAUAAAUGAC